AUGCCGGUGAUUGAAGUGAAAGAUGAUAAUGAUUACAAGUUUCAAUUUGCAAAAGCCAUUCAAGGAGUGCUCUUCGUGGAUUUUUAUGCCGAUUGGUGCGGGCCAUGUAAAAUGAUGGCUCCGGUAUUUGAAGAGCUUUCAAACAAGUUCCCCAAUGCGACUUUCAUUAAAGUUAACACGAACAAGUGUGAAGAAACUUCGGCUUCUCUUGGGAUUGCCAGCAUCCCAACGUUCAUGGCCUUCAUGAAUGGAGUUCGUAUGGAUACUAUUAAAGGCGCUGACGCUGAAGCAUUAGGUGAUCUCGUUGCUCGCUACGCUGAAUUUAAGAGCACUCCCUCACUGGUCCAUGGACAGAGCGAAUUGAACAGUGCCAUCGACAAACAUCAAAUCGAAUGUCUCAAUGGCGACGAUGAUACUCCAAUUGAACGGUUCUUGGAUGGAAACUGUAAUUUGAAAUCGGAUUGCGAUGAGCAACUCAUCAUCUCGAUUGCUUUCAUUCAACCGGUCAAGGUGCACUCGAUUUUAAUCAAGGGAAAUGGUGGAAGAGCACCGAAAAAAGUCAAAGUGUUUUCGAAUAUGCCGAAAACUCUUGAUUUUGAUGCGGCAAUGGCUCUAGAGCCGAUUCAGACUCUUGAAUACAACGAGACCGCCAACCAAGGCGAUGGGCAAAUUAUGCCGUUGAGAUUCGUCAAGUUCCAGAAUGUUCAGAACAUUCAACUCUUCAUCGAGAACAAUCAGGAAGGCGGAGAGGUCACUGAGCUCGUAGAUUUGAAAUUCUUCGGAACCCCACUAGGAACUCUUGACGUGAACAAGAUAAAGAAGGGGUCAGGUGGUGCUGAGAAGGGAGGUAGCUUGGCAAAAGCUUUGGGUCUUUAA